ACAUUUUUGCCAAUACAUUUUAGUACACAUCUUGAAAUCAUUAAUAAGUACUAGUAACAACCGUCUUCUGGGCUGUGUUCUAUUAUGUCAACGGAGGAUGAAUUAAAACACGAUUAAACUAGAACAACUCUUGUUGGAUCUGUAAUGAUAGGCACUCAACGAUUGCUUUUCUUUGCAAGUCAAGUCAAUGCAGCUGAUCAACAUGGGACAUUGCUUUGCAAAGUUGUAGAUGAAAUUGGGCACUUUUGUGGCUGAUUGAUUCCUUCUUUGAGGUAUGCCGAUGGAGAAUUAAUUUUGCUAUCUGGGCUGUGAUUUUUCUUUCUUGUAUUGCUUCUUUCUUGAAGAAACAUUCCAUUUUUGGGAUAAUGAAAGAAUCUUGAAUUGAUUGCUAUUACAAAGUUGCGAUCUUGAUUUGUACAGUUCGGCUGGUUUUCAAAGAUAGUUGACUAGUAAAUAAUAAUUUAGAAACAGAAAUGGACUCUGGUAAGAUUUUGAGAAUGUGCUUACUUUUGUUUCUGGAAAGAUUGUGUUAGUUUAUGUGUUUUGAGGGCUAUAGUUGAAGCUUCAUUUGUGGAUGGGGUUUAGCAGUUCAGCAGCUAUUGUUUGAAGGGAAGGAAGGACUAUAGCAUUGUUCAUCUGUUUGUUGCCUCGCUACCUCAUAUUGAUUUUUUAACUUCUAAUACAUUGAGGUAUCUGAAGCUGUGAGGUCUUCAGAGUUACUGAUUGUAAGAGUUUUCUGUUAAUUUCAUCCUUCUAUAGAGGGUGAUACUGGAAAAUUAGCGGGGAGAGCCAUAGGACCUACGGCUGGGUAGGAAGUUCAAAUGUACUGGAGGGAUGACUCUUUAGAAGCUUAGAAAAGUAGUAGUGCUUCUUAAUUCAGUAAUUGCGCAGAAAGAAGGAAAUGGCAACAAAGUUUUUACAUUCACUGACUGAUGACAACCCGGAUUUGCAAAAGCAAAUAGGAUGUAUGACAGGGAUCUUUCAACUCUUUGAUCGCCAACAUAUCAUUACUCCCAGGCGCAUCACUGGGCACAGCACAAAAAGGAUUCAUUCUGGUGUUACUUUUGAAAAAGAGUCUAGUACUAUCUACAACAGAUCUGCAACAGUGGAAAAACAUUCAAGCAAGCAUGUGUUGGAGAGGCAAAUACUUUCCACCGAGUCUUCUAGAGCAUCAUUUUCUUCCUCCUCCCGUUCAUCUUCGUUCUCAUCUCUAGACUACAAUAAGACUGGUCAAACAGAGCCUUUUGACCGAAUAAUUUUCCCUGAAACACCUUCGAGGGAUCCAGCAAUGAGCCAAGCUAAUACAUCCCCACAGUUUGGUCGCCAAAUGCUUGACCUGCGGGAAGUGGUCAAGGACUCCAUGUACAGGGAAGCUCAGGGAUUGCCUGUUAAAACUGUAGGCAGAGAUGGGGCAGCAGAUUCUCUGGCCAAGCAUAGAGACUCCCCAGGGCCUGUACAGCUUUCUAGAGCCAAUGACGGCUCUUAUGGCCAGGGCGUCAAUGGGAAGCAGGACUUGCCUGUUGAUCUUAAGGAAUCUCUUAGAGUUCUUUCUAAACUCCGUGAAGCACCUUGGUAUACAAAUGAACUGAGAGAACUUUCAAGGUCAUCGUCAUAUCAGUCAAAAGAUGGGUCAUCCUUUUCCUUAGUAAAAGAGGCUCCUCGGUUUUCUUAUGAUGGAAGGGAGAUGCGUAAUGUACCUUUCGAAUCACAGGACAAUUCAAAAUCCUCCCUGAAGUUUAAAGAGCUGCCAAGACUUUCCUUAGACAGUAGAGAAAAUUCAAUGCGAAACUUCAACUCUGAUUUGCCACCUGACCUAUAUCUGAAAUUUCCUCUGAAGGAAAAUGGGAGUUCCAAUUCCAAUGUUACUAGUCAGCAGCAAAAAUCAGGAACUCAGUCACGGCCUCCAAGUGUUGUUGCGAAGCUAAUGGGUUUGGAAGCAUUACCAGAUUCUAUAUCCUCUGCUGGGUCUUCAGAACUUAGUGACCUGUGUCGACCAAUCCAGGUUUCUAAUUCUGCAAAAAACUUGUGGAAGGAACCAAGAUCACCACGCUGGAAAAAUCCUGAUUCAAUAAUGAAACCCAUUUCAAGAUUUCCUAUUGAACCAGCACCAUGGAAGCAGAUGGAUGGGAAUUGGAGUUCUCAAAAGCCAGCUUGUAAGGGUAUGAAAGCUCCAGCUAAAUCCCCUUUCAGCUUUCCUUCAGUUUACAGUGAAAUUGAGAAGAGGAUAAAAGAUCUUGAAUAUUCACAAUCAGGGAAGGAUCUCAGAGCUCUUAAACAGAUACUUGAAGCAAUGCAGACCAAAGGGCUGCUAGAAAUUCAGAAAGAGGAGGCUCUAAACUUUUCUGCUUCAAAGGACCAUGAACAAAGAUUUAUGAAUUCUACAAGUGCAAGAACGGGAAGUCAGCGAAAGCUGCAAAAUGAUAUUGUUUCUACUUCCACCAGAAGGGGGACCAUGUCUUCAAGGAAAUUUGAGUCCCCAAUUGUCAUCAUGAAACCUGCGAAACUAGUUGAAAAAUCUGGAAUUCCUGCCUCUUCAGUCUUACCCAUAGACGACUUAUCCAGUCUCCCACAAAUUCAAGGUGGUACCUUUUCUGACAGUAGAAGGAGUGCAAUUAAUAGUAGAGCAGCUAAAGACCAGAUUCCUAAGUCUGGGAGCCGAGACAAUGCUGGAAAUUCCAAAGAUAUGAAAUCCAACAAUAGAGUACUGAAAUCUCCACAGACAUCAGUAAAGUCUCCACAGUUGCCAAAAGAAAGCAGUGCAGGCUCGCUAAAGAGCUCAGGGUCCAUCAGCCCAAGAAUGCAGCCGAAGAGACAGGAGUUGGAGAAGCGGUCGAGGCCUCCUAUACCUCCAUCGGAUUUAAGCAGGACAAGAAGGCAACCCAAUAAUAAGCAAGCAACAGAAUCAAGCUCCCCAGGUGGAAGACGCAGGCAAAAGUCUAUGAAUUUACAACUAAGUGGUGACCAGCUGAGUGAGAACACUAAUGAAUCAAGGAAUUUGAGCUACCAUGAAAAUGAAAUUUCAGCUCAAUCAGAUGGAAGUAUCUUAUCUGAUUCAAGGUUGGAUGUGGAAGUCACCAGUGCUGAAAGAUCUCCUGAGAUUAGUAGCGGCUAUAGUCCAUCGAUGGAGGCUGUCCAUUACCUGGUUUCUGACUUAAUUAAUAAGAAAUCUAUGCCCAUAGCCAUAGAAGAAGAACCAUUGGCAGAGCAUCCUACAGUUGCUCCUGAGUAUCCUAGCCCUGUGUCAGUUCUUGACAGUGCUAUGGAUAUGGAUGACUCACCAUCACCCGUGAAGAGGAUAACAAAGACCUUCCGAGGUGAUGAAUCUCAUGAGACUAAUGUAAUUCCCAAUACAGAGGAAUGUAGUGUGGUGGACAGUUUAGCAACUAAUGCUGUUGGACCUUGCCCUGCAUCUGAAAUUAGCAGGAAGAAACUGCAAAACGUUGAAAAUCUGGUUCAGAAACUUAGAAGACUCAACUCUAGCCAUGAUGAAGCCCGCAUCGAUUAUAUUGCAUCUCUUUGUGAUAACACGAACCCAGACCACAGAUACAUUUCUGAGAUUUUAUUAGCCUCUGGUCUCCUCCUGAGGGACCUUGGCUCAAGUCUGACAAACUUCCAGUUUGAUCCGUCAGGCCCCCCUAUCAAUCCUAAACUAUUUUUGGUAUUGGAACAAACGAAAGGAGGCAGCACUUACUUAAAGGAAGAAUGUGCUCCAGAAAAGGCUGUCCAGUUGCGGUCAAAACAAAAAGUUCACAGAAAACUCAUUUUUGAUACCAUUAAUGAAAUUCUUGCCAGAAAACUAGCAAUCCUGGAACUGUCUUCGGAUCCAUGGUUAAGACCUCUGAAGCUGGCAAGAGAGUCUUUGAAUGCACAAAAGCUUCUGAGAGAAUUGUGUUCGGAAGUAGAACUGCUUCAAGGUAAAAGCUCAAAGAGCAGCUUAGAGGAUGAAGAUGAUGGAUUGAAAACCAUCUUGUGGGAGGAUGUGAUGAAUCGAUCAGAAAAUUGGACAGCUUUCAACAGUGAAGUUUCAAGCAUGGUUCUCGAUGUUGAGCGCAUGAUCUUUAAAGAUUUAGUUGAUGAAGUUGUGAUUGGUGAGGCACCUGCUUUGAGAAACAAACCAGUCGGGCGUCGACAAUUGUUUGCAAAGUAGAGUAUUACAUCCAACCUUUUUGCUUUUACUUUUUUUUUUUUAAAAUUUUAAUAUCUCAUUUCUUUGAUCUACUGAUCCUUUUCUCUGUCUUUCUUCUUAAGGUCAAUUACAAGAUCUUUUUUUUCAACACAAUAAUUCAGUUGUUUUGUAUAGGAAGUAACUUGCAAGUGUGUUAUGAAAAUCUGUUCCAGAAACUCGAUACUCUUUCUUGGAACGAUACAUAAUCAGCCGAUUCCCCAAGCUUUCCUUUCUAGAAUUA